UGAUCAGGUGACUCCGCGCUCGCGGCGCUCGGGGAGGCCGUGACGUCAGGCGAGCCUAGUCUCCUCACUUGCUCCUUGGCAGGUGCGGCGCUACUUGUUCGGUCUCGUCAGGUUCCAGCGGGUCCCGGCCGAACCAGUGCUCAGCGGAUUCGUAGAGAGGAGAGGUGUACUCUGAAGUCCCUGAUGAACCAAGGGAACCCUCCGCCGUAUCCGGGCCCCGGUCCGACGGCCCCGUAUCCCCCUUAUCCAUCGCAACCGAUGGGGCCUGGGUACUACCCUCCAGGACCUCCAGGGGGACCCUACCCACCUCCUCAGGGCGGGUACCCCUACCAAGGAUACCCGCAGUAUGGCUGGCAGGGCGGACCUCAGGAGCCUCCUAAAACCACAGCGUACGUGGUGGAGCGGGAGAGGAAGACGGAAGACACCGGGUGUCAAGCGGCCCUGGCUGCGUGCUGGGCCGCUCUCUGCUGCUGCUGCCUCCUGGAAAGCCUGGACUGAGCAGCGGCGCCCCAAGUGCUCCCUGCAGGCCCGCUACCUUCUGUUACUGGAAUAAAAAACUAGUGCUGCACAGUU